AUGUACAUACACUUACCCGUUGAAAUACUUCAGAGAUCCGAGUCGCCGUGGAUUCCUUCGCGUUGUCUCUUGCCAAGAGAGCAGUCCGGUUUUGCAUUCACGUACCGAAGCACGAUCACACUGCGUGAGAGAAAGGGCGCGCGACUCGCUCACAAGUGUACACAAUCGCGUGUUGCGGCUCUGCAGUAUAGUGCGGGAGUGGCGUCGCGAAAGCGUGUUGGCGGGCGCGGGUCUCAGCUGGAACUGAAGGCUGCGCGGAGCGGGGGCCGCUUUAUGUUGCGUGCGCGCACCCGCCGCAGCGGCCGCUGCAGCCUGCGCCGCAGCCCGCGGCCGUCCGUCUCCGCACGCCUCCGCUCGUGGACGUGGAGACGCUCUUCUUCACGUCGCUGCACAUUGUACGCAACGGCAGAAGAUUUUCUAAGACUUUGA